UUCCAGCCCUGCACUGCACUGUGGUGUCGCGAGCGAAAAUCACAGCUUUGGCUGUUGGUGGCAGUAAAGCAGACAGACAGAAGACCUGAUAUAUCGAGGCAAUUGACGACGGCAAGCACCUGCACAGCCACUGCAACGACUUCGAUCUCCCAAAAUCCCUGGUGCAAUCCUCACGUAACCGUAUCGCCUUCGCGCCUCUCCGGCCCAGGUGCCUUGUCGCAGCGGCUCUCGCCAUGCCCGCGGACCGUUUGCUGGAGCAAUCAUGUCCGAAGACGCAGUAAAUGGCGAGGCUGCGGGUCAAAUCGACCUCUCCGCUACAAAGCAGGCUCUGCUCUCCUCUUCAACCGCUGCGCGCACCGCUCAGCUCCGCCUCGUCGAGGAUAAGCUUUCACAGAAUGCCCUCGACCAGACAAGCCUGUCCAAGCUGCUCCCGCUGUUCUUCCUCACCCAUGCCUAUUACCACGACCGUCCGUCCCGUCGAGCUGUCCAGCGCUGUCUGGUGAUCUUCUCCCAGAAGGGCGACGAGAAGCUCCUCACGGCGCUCAUCGGAGCAAUCAAGCGAGAGGCGCAAAAGCCUACCAUAGCCCCCAGCAGCGCCUUUGUCCUGCUCGAGUGGUGCAGCUUGCUCAUUGAGAACCUGGCAGGGACGGCUCUUUGGGAGAAGCUUGGGAAGGAACUGAUCCUCGCCUCUGCCGAUUGUCUGGAACGUUGUCUCCAGUCUCCCUUCAACAAACAUGUCGGUCACUCUGCCUUGGUCGUCACCCGGCGCGCCUUUAGGAAGAUUGUGUCCUUCGAGUCGACGCGUGAGCAGGCCAUCACCGAAGCCGUGCAGCUACUGGCUACCAAGGGGGCCCAGCCCACUGCCAAGUACUCUGUCAUCCUUGGAGUAAUUGCGGGUGUUUGCUCUCGCAAAGACUAUGCGAAGCCUAUCCUUGAGAAGCUCAAGUCCCAAUAUUUUGGCUUUUUCACUCGAGAGAUAAUUGGCUCGAAGACGCCGGUGCCGAAUCACUUGGCUGGGGGUCUCUACGACUUCUUCCAUUCGUUUCUCACGCUCGAGGAGCUCGGAAAAGAGAUUAUCCCUUCGUUGGAGAAGGGACUUCUGCGAGCGCCCGAGAUCGUCCUCAACGACCUUGUCACGCCCCUUAUCGAUGCCCUUCCGGCUGAGUACGACCUGUCAGGUAUUCUGAACAACAACCUUUUGAAGCCUCUCCUCUCAAACACAAAGUCCACCAAUCCGACAAUUCGCAGUGGUGCCCUUAUGGCCUUCAAGACAAUCAUUCCGCGCGCCUCCGACCUAGACGCCCUGGGUAAGGCCACUGAUGAGAUUGCUACGCCACUGAAAGGGGGCAAAGUCGCGUCUGCCGACCAGAGGGCCAUACACUCUGAGAUGCUCCUGCACCUCGCCAAAACCGAGGCAAAUGCGACCAAGAUCUGUCUCGCUCUCCCGGUAGUUGCUGGAAAGGAGGGCAAUGACCCUGCGCUCGCAGCGGAAACCUCCGCACUCACCGAGGCUGUCAAGACCCUGCUCAAGUCUGGAGCUGAGGUUCCCGCGGCAGCCACUGAUACGUUCAAGAAGGGCCUUGCGGACAAAAAGCCCACCUCGAGGAAACUCUGGGUCCUGGCCGCGGGAGAACUGCUGCUGGAUGUAUCCCAAACCACGUCACUAUCGGCAUCAGCUCUCAAGGUCACGGAGGGGACUAUGCCCGUGUUGUUUGAGACGUACAACGAUGCUGUUGCGAACCCACUCACGUCAUCGCAAAGCAGUCUCAUCACUGGUGCAUACAUCACAUGUAGCAUUGCUCCGCGGAUCUUUGGCGGCAACAUUAGCGGGCCUUUGGAGGCGCUGUCAAAGAAGUUCUCCAUCGCUAAGCAGUGUCUUGUCAGUGAGCCCAAGCCCUCGUUCCUGCUGUCUCCGCGGUUCUAUAGUAAGCUGGCAUCCGGCGACGACCUGAGGUGGCUCUCCCGUGCCUUGGUGGCGGUGGCGGAUGAGCUGCCGCAGGAUGGGGGUAAUAGCAUAACCUUGGCUUGGUCUCAGGCCUUGGUUUAUCUCGUGUCAUCCGCUACCACGCCAUCGCAAGUCCGAAAAGAGGUUUGCCAGCAGAUAUCCGAUCUCUAUGUGCGCAACCCUGAAAAGAUAUCACAUGCCCUCAUCAGUGGCAUAUGGUACUGGCUGGAUGCUGGAGAGGAGGGAGACAAGGACAGCGCGGCGGCGCUUGCAAAGGCCGAUAACACUCAGUUGAACCUGGUUCUCAGGGCGAUAUGCCUGCCCACACGAGAGUCGCCCGAAGGUGUCGCCGAGGUCACUGAGCGUCCUACCUUGGAGGCCCAGAUGUGUUCACUGCUCGUUCUGGCUCGCCCUGAGCUCGUCCCUCGGUCCAGCUGGAUUGAUCUCUGCUUGCGCGUUGGUCUUGACCCCGGCGAGCUGGCAAAGAGGAACGAGAAGGUGCUGCUGCAAGAAGUCGCAAUAAGAAGCACACUUGACCAGAAGUCGGCCGCCGUUAGGAAUGCUGCGUACAAGGCUGCUGUCGAACUGGUCUUCGUCGCACCUGAUGUGAUGACACCUCGGAUCAUACAGUUGAUAGAGCAGGACUUGGACGUCUCAGGCCUCGAGGGUAUUGGCCCCCUAGAAGCCGCAAUAUUCCGCACACCCGAGGGCACCGCCUUUGUCGAUGUGCUGGCCAAGAAGUCAAGCAAUGUCCCAAUCAAGGGUAAAGAUGCCGACACAUUAAAGUGGGAGGCGGAGCUUAGGUCACAGCUAGCACAGAAGAAAGGCCAACAGCAAAAGCUCAGCGCCGACGACAAGGCCAAGGUCGAUGCCCAGCUGAAGAAGGAAUCCGCUAUUAGGGAGCGAGUCCGAGGUGUCGCCGCCAAGGUGAUGCGCGGCAUAGGUGUCAUCCGAAGCCUCGCCACUGGGCCCCCCACAGACGCAGGCCUGUGGAUGAGCCCCGCUGUCAAGGCUCUUCUCGGUGCCAUCGACGCUGGCGCAUGCCUCAUCACAGGAGACGCUGCUCCUGUGGCUUACCUCGCCUGCGCUGAUCGGGUAUCCAUCCGUCUGGGCUCUUUCCGCGAGUUUAUUGGCGUUGCCACGUUGAGGGCCCAUGAUGUGGAACUCAUUCCUGAGAAUCUCAAGCAGGAACCACUCCACGAGCUGAUUACCAGGGUCCUGUACCGUCUUCGAUUCGCCGGAGAGCAGCGCCCUUUCGACAGUGUCUCUGCUAUCUACAUGCUUCCUCUUGUUCUCCUCAUUCUUCAAAAGGGAGGCUUUGGCGCCACUGCUGAAGACAAGGACACUCAAAUCGUUUUGGCGACAGAAUUUCUCGGCUUCCACACCGACACAAGCGCUGAUGAGGCCCUUCCCAGGGCCGAGAUGCUCGAAGCCCUCAUCAGCUCAAUGCAGCAGUACAACCAGCACUACAAGAUCAUCAGAGACUGCUUCUCUGACAUGGUUCGCUGCUUGGCGCCAAAUAUCAACGAAAACGAAAUCGGUGUGGUGGCCCGAGGAGCCAUUGUGUCCCAAACCAGCGUCCGCACAACAGUGCUGCAGUCGAUCAGCGCCGAUGUCGACAUGAGCGAGCUGGAGUUCUCGGAGGAGAUAUGGCUUGCCUGCCAUGAAGACAACGUGGAGAACGUGGAUCUUGGCCGAGAGAUCUGGGAGGAGAGUGGCUUCGAGACUUCGGCGGAGGUCCCAACAAAAAUGCUCCCGUACUUGGAAAACAAGGAUGGGCAGCUUCGUAGAGCCGCCUCACGAGCUCUGGCUGAGGCUUGCAAACGCCAUCCAAAGACGGUGAAUCCUAUUCUGGAGAAGCUGCGACUGACGUACGUCGAGUUUGCCAAGCCUCGCGUGCCUGAAUUAGACGGAUUCGGCAUGCCGAAGAAAAUGGACCUCUCAGACCCGUGGGAGGCAAGGCACGGUAUUGCCACCGCGUUCAAGGAGUUAUCUCCAUACCUCGAGAGACAGCAUCUGGAUGCUUUCUUCGCCCUUCUCAUAGAGCAAGGCCCCUUAGGCGACCAAGACAGCUCUGUUCGUGCCGAGAUGCUCGAGGCUGCCAACAAGGCCAUCGAAGUCCACGGAAAGAGCAUCGUGGACAAACUGAUGAAGGUCUUCGAGAAAACCUUGGAGGCUCCGGAUAAGGGCUCUGCUGCUAGCGAUCGUGUCAACGAGGCCGUCAUCAUCAUGUACGGUGCUCUGGCACGGCACCUCAAGGCCGGCGAUGCCAAGAUACCCGUGGUGAUCGAGAGGCUUCUGGCCACUCUGAGCACUCCAUCCGAGGCUGUCCAGUACGCCAUCGCGGAAUGCUUACCCCCACUCGUACGAUCGUGCGGGAACAAGGCCUCCAAGUAUUUCGAGGAGAUAAUGGAAACCCUGCUCACCUCCAAGAAAUACGCCGUCCAACGAGGCGCAGCCUAUGGUCUAGCGGGACUGGUUCUUGGCCGGGGCAUCAUUGCCCUCCGAGAAUAUCGAAUCAUGUCAACCCUGAAUGGGGCGCUCGAGAACAAAAAGGAGGCAUCACAGCGAGAGUCUGCCCUGCUUGCUUAUGAGCUCCUAGCCACCAUGCUCGGACGCCUGUUCGAGCCGUACGUGGUUCAAAUAGUCCCACAGCUGUUGACUGGGUUUGGUGACUCCAAUGCCAACGUGCGCGACGCCGCGCUCGCAUCAGCCAAAGCUUGCUUUGCCCGACUGAGCUCGUACGGCGUCAAGAACAUCCUGCCGACCCUUCUCAACGGUCUCGACGACGACCAGUGGCGAAGCAAGAAGGGAGCGUGCGACCUCCUCGGUGCGAUGGCAUACCUCGAUCCGCAGCAGCUUGCAUUGAGCCUCCCCGAGAUUAUCCCCCCUCUCACGGCUGUUCUCAACGACAGCCACAAGGAAGUGAGGUCUGCCGCCAACAAGAGUCUGAAGCGAUUCGGUGAGGUCAUCAACAACCCGGAAGUCAAGGGCCUUGUCGACAUUCUUCUCAAGGCGCUCAGCGACCCGACAAAGUACACAGACGAAGCACUCGACUCGCUUAUAAAGGUCCAGUUCGUCCACUACCUAGACGCCCCAUCUCUCGCCCUGGUCAGCCGAAUUCUCCAACGCGGUCUUGGCGACCGGUCCAACACGAAACGCAAGGCAUCCCAGGUCAUUGGCAGCCUGGCGCACCUUACGGAGAGGAAGGACUUGGUCUCGCACCUCCCCGUCCUUGUUGCAGGGCUCAAGGUGGCAGUGGUCGACCCUGUUCCCACAACCCGUGCCACCGCGUCGAGGGCGCUGGGAUCUCUGGUGGAGAAACUGGGAGAGGAGGCCCUUCCGGAUCUCAUUCCCGGGCUUAUCCAGACGCUCAAGUCGGACACAGGUGCCGGAGACCGGCUUGGGUCCGCCCAGGCUCUCAGCGAGGUCCUUGCCGGUCUUGGGACCACCCGCCUCGAGGAGACUCUACCCACCAUUCUGCAGAAUGUCGAAUCCUCAAAACCUGCCGUACGGGAGGGCUUCAUGUCCCUUUUCAUCUUCUUGCCAGUGUGCUUUGGUAAUAGCUUUGCCAACUACCUCGGCAGGAUCAUCCCACCGAUUCUCUCGGGCCUUGCGGACGACAUUGAGGCCAUCCGAGAGACGGCUCUCAAGGCUGGUAGGCUGCUUGUCAAGAACUUUGCUGUCCGAGCAGUCGACCUUUUGCUACCAGAGCUCGAGCGCGGCCUAGCUGACGACAGCUACCGUAUCCGCCUGAGCUCGGUCGAACUUGUUGGCGAUCUCCUGUUCAAUCUGACAGGCGUAUCAGCCAACCAGGAGCCUGGCGAUGAGGAUGAGGAGGAGAGGGUAAAGGAGGCUGGCGCUUCGCUCCGCGAAGCUCUCGGCGACGAGAAGCGCAAUAAGAUCCUCUCAGCUCUGUACAUCUGCAGGUGCGACACCGCUGGCGCUGUCCGCACGGCCGCCAUUGCCGUCUGGAAGGCCCUGGUGUCAAGCCCGCGGACGCUCAAGGAGCUGGUCCCCACGCUCACGCAGCUUAUCAUCCGCCGACUUGGUAGCUUUAAUAUGGAGCACAAAGUUAUCGCCAGCAACGCUCUGGGCGAGCUUAUUCGCAAGGCGGGAGACAAUGUGCUCGCCACCCUCCUUCCAACUUUGGAGGAAGGCCUCCAGACCUCGACCGACGUGGAUGCCAGGCAGGGGAUCUGCCUGGCUCUCAAGGAGCUCAUCUCGUCGGCAUCUGAGGAGGCUUUGGAGGACCACGAGAAAACGCUCAUCUCAGUGGUCCGGACCGCGCUUACCGACUCCGACGACGAUGUGCGCGAGGCCGCGGCCGAGGCCUUCGACUCUCUGCAGCAGAUCCUCGGCAAGCGGGCGGUCGACCAGGUGCUGCCUUAUCUUCUCAGCCUCCUUCGGUCAGAGGAAGAGGCCGAAAACGCUCUGUCUGCGCUGCUCACUCUCUUGACCGAGACUACCCGGUCCAACAUCAUUCUUCCCAACCUCAUUCCAACGCUUAUCGCACCCCCGAUUUCUGCUUUCAAUGCCAAGGCCCUUGCGUCGUUGUCGAAGGUUGCCGGUGCUGCUAUGAACCGCCGUCUCCCCAACAUCAUCAACUCGCUCAUGGAAAACCUUGUCAGCUGUAUAGACGACGACCUCCGCGCGGAUCUCGAUGCCUCCUUCCAGACCGUCAUCCUUUCCAUCGACGAAUAUGACGGACUGAACACCAUCAUGAACGUGCUGCUUCAGCUCACAAAGCACGAGGACCACCGCAAGCGUGCGGCCACGGACCUGCAGCUGGCCAGAUUCUUCGCGGCUACGGAUGUCGACUACUCGCGCUACAACCAGGACAUCAUCCGCUCCCUCCUCGUCUCGUUCGAUGAUCAAGAUAUGGGUGUUGUCAAGGCCGCGUGGAGCGCCCUCAGCGAAUUUACCAAGAAGCUCAAGAAAGAGGAGAUGGAGGCGCUGGUGAUCUCGACUAGACAGACCCUGCUUUUGGUAGGAGUCGCUGGCUCGAAUCUCAGGGGCUUUGAGCUACCCAAGGGCAUCAACGCCAUCCUCCCCAUCUUCCUCCAGGGGUUGAUGAAUGGAUCGCCAGACCAAAAGACGCAGGCGGCCCUCGCCAUCUCCGACAUGGUGGACAGGACGAGCGAAGCAUCACUGAAGCCCUUCGUCACGCAAAUCACCGGUCCGCUGAUUCGUGUCGUGUCGGAGCGCUCGACCGAAGUCAAGUCUGCUAUUCUGCUCACCCUAAACAACCUCUUGGAGAAGAUGCCGAUGGCUCUCAAGCCGUUCUUGCCACAACUGCAGCGCACUUUUGCCAAAUCGCUAGCCGACCCGACAAGCGAACAGCUCCGCACUCGCGCCGCCAAGGCACUCGGUACGCUCAUCAAGUUCACACCUCGUGUCGAUCCUUUGAUAGCCGAGCUUGUCACUGGCUCCAAGACAUCAGAUCCUGGCGUAAAGACAGCAAUGCUCAAGGCACUGUUCGAGGUCAUCAGCAAAGCAGGCGCCAACAUGGGAGAGCCUUCCCGUGCUGCCGUCCUAGGCCUGAUCGACAUGGAAACGGAUGAGAAGGACGAUGCCAUGACAAUCACAAACGCCAAGCUCCUGGGCGCGCUUGUCAAGAAUGUGCCAGCAGAUGCGGCCAGCAACCUCAUCAAGACACGGGUCCUGACUCCUACCCCAAGCAGCUCGUCCAUGCUGGGGUUGAAUGCCGUCCUGCUUGAGUCCCCCAAGUCGAUCCUUGAGAGCCCAUGGGCCGAUGAACUGCCCGACAUUCUCUGCCAAGGAAUGUCCAGCAAGACUGCCAUGAUCGCGGACAAUUCGAUCCUCGCCGCAGGCAAGUAUCUGCUAUGUGACACUCCGAAGUCUUUCGAGAGCGCCAAGUCGGUAUUUGAAGCUCUAGCGGAGGUGAUCCAGCCUGGCAAGCCCACCGACUCCCGCCGUCUGUCACUCGUCAUUGUGCGCACAGUCUCACGCACCAACAUCGACAUGGCUCGCGCACAUCUGCCACUUCUCGCACCACCGGUCUUCGCCUCGGUUCGAGACCCCGUGAUCCCGGUCAAGCUAGCUGCCGAGGCUGCCUUUGUGGCUCUUUUCAACGUGGCCGACGACGAGUCCAAGGUAUUUGACAAGUUCAUGGCGGGCGCCGGGGCAGAGCUGCCACCAAACACGAAGCGGAGCAUGCAAGACUACUUUAAGAGGGUUGCUCUUCGCCUAGGAAGCCAGGUGCGUGAGCGCAGGGAGGCUGAGGGCGGCACCGGAGGGCUUGGCUUAUCAAACGACGAGGUGGAGGAUGAGAAGGAGAUCUGGAGCGUAGGCAAGGUGGACGAUGGGGCCAACGUUUUUGGCCAGGAUUGAUCAAAACAUCAUGCGGCAUAGCGGUUGUAAAAAGUCGGCCUCACCGCUCUCCUUAAGGGUUUGGGGGCGGCUUUUGGGCAGGACAAUACUUGCUGGGCUGGGCAGCGGGUCUCAGAUAUUCGUCUCUAGACUUGAACAUAUUCCGUUACGCGUUGUAUACAGAUGUGAUGUACUUUGCAAAUGAAGCGAGGAUUAUGCAGCA